CCCCCAUGUACAGUUUAGAAUAGUCUACAGUUUUCUCAUUGGCACAGUCUGUAAAGUCCGCGAAGCGAUAACAACAGCCACAAAACUCAGCACAAAUAACGUCAACAGUGCAUAUACACAGUUUUGUUGGCGGUAUCUGGACAAAUGGAGGCAGGUUUGUGUCGCCAGUGGUGAAGAUUUGCUGGGAAAUGAGGGGAGGAUGCGUGUGAUGCGGCCGGAGCUACAGCAUUGUCAGGACUGGAGAUGAGACAGUAUGGGGUUGAGAUGGCCCGCUUUACAUCCGCCAAGAUGAACAAGUUUCGACGCAAGCUCAGCUCACUGGGUGGCAGCACAGACAAAGAUGCGGUAGUGUCUAAGAUUGAGCUGCAGAACAGGCGACUGUCCAGCAUCAGCGCCAACGGCAUGGACGAGGAGAAGCUGAUCGUGAAAGGUCAGCUGAUCAAGGCUGCCUCUCUGGAGAAGCUGGCCAUGCUCUGUGUGGACUGCUUUGACGAUGCAGGGGAGCUCCAGGACAACCCGUUCUUCCCCAGGAUGGUUUUCCUCAUGCACAAAUGGUUUGUGUCUUCUGAGGAGCUGGCAGCCCUGUUUAUCAACCUGUAUCAGACAAGAGACAAGUCCAUCUGCAAGUCACCUUGUCAACACAAGCCAUCAGACCAGAACUGCAAACUCAACAGGUUCAAGACAAGAGUAUGUUACACAGUAAGAUCCUGGAUUUCCGAAUUUCCGAUGCACUUUGACUUGGACCCGAGUCUGGCGCGGGAAAUACGGAACCUCCAGGAGCUGACCUGCAAAGACAGUGCCAACAACCACAAGCUCCUGGUGGACAUCUCCAAUCUCCCAUCCUAUGACUGGAUGCGAGCCGUGUCUGUCAGGAACUCAGUGAAGAGGAGCCACAAAGUAUCGCUGGUGUUCGACCACCUGGAGCCCCAUGAGCUGGCUGAGCAGAUCACAGUUUUGGAAUACAAAAUCUUCAGAAGAAUAUCAUUUUCAGACUUCAGGAAUUAUGCGAUCCAUGGGAAGUUGCAGGACAACCCCCGUCUGGAGCGCUCCAUCAUGUUGUUUAAUGGCCUGUCCUUGUGGGUUCAGUGUAUGGUCCUGAGUAAGUCCACCCCACAGUACAGGGCACAGGUCAUCACCAAGUUUGUUAAUGUUGCAAAGGCCUUGAGACAGCUGCAAAACUUCAACUCCCUGAUGGCAGUGGUGGGGGGACUGAGUCACAGCUCCAUCGCCAGACUUACCAAGACUGCCAGCCAUCUUCCAGCAGAAAUCAACAAGGCUCUGCAUGAGAUGACUGAAAUGUUGUCAUCCAAUGGUAACUUUGCAAACUACAGAAAGCAGCUCAGCGAGUGUAAAGGCUUCAAAAUUCCCAUCCUAGGUGUACAUUUAAAGGACUUGAUUGCGCUCCACACUGCUUUACAUGACAAAGUGGAGAAUGGACUGCUCAAUGUUAGGAAGAUGGCUCAGCUGGCUGUUGUGUUUAAUGAACUCAUCCAACUGCAGAGUACGAGUCCUGACAUCGAAGCCAACAUGGACCUUAUCAACACGCUCAAGGUAUCAUUAGACUUGCAGUAUUCAGAGGAAGAGAUCUAUGAACUGUCACUUGCCAGAGAGCCAAGGGAGUCUGCAUCUGCUCCUCCUACACCCAUCCCGAGUGAGAAGCCAGUGUUUGCAGACUGGGCCUCGGGGAUCACUCCAACACUCGACUCGGACACUCUGAAGAAACAUGUCCAUGCCAUGGUGGAGGCUGUCUACAAAAACUAUGACCAUGACAGAGACGGGUAUAUCUCUCAUCAAGAGUUUGACUCCAUCGCUGGAAAUUUUCCCUUUAUCGACUCUUUUGGGAUCCUGGAUGCAGACCACUUUGCAAGGCAGUUGAAGAGAUUUGAUGAGGUUAAGCAUGUGGAUGGCAUGAUCAGCAAGGAGGAGAUGAAGAUGUACUUUAUCAGAGCUAACUGCCACGCCCUGUCCAGCGGCUUCAGACAUGACUUUGUGGAAACCACAUACUUCAAACCCACCUACUGCGAGCACUGCUCAGGACUGCUGUGGGGACUGAUCAAGCAGGGCUGGAAGUGCCGAGACUGUACCAUCAGCUGUCACAAGCACUGCAAGGAGCUGGUGGUGGUGGAGUGUCGGCCUCGGGGCAGUGUCUCGUCAGGUCCACAGUCCUCCAACACCUCCCUACUACAGGACACAGACACAUCCAGGGCAACCUCUGCCGAUGAACAGCCGUCCCCAAGGGGCACAGAGAGAAGACGACAGUCAUCCAGACUUCGCUACCUCGCUCCCGUGCACCAGUCCACACAGACGGUCAAGGACAGCGGCAUCUCCCUGAUGGACAGCGCCUCCUCCGUUAACUUGAACCUGGAGUACAACGAUGAUGAGGUGUUUGUGGAGGAGGAUGUCGGUAGCCUGAGGGAGAGGCUGAGGCAGUCUGAGGAGGCCCGGGCCAAGUUGGCUUCUGAGAACCAGACGCUCCAGACUGAGCUAGCGAGUGCGCACGAUAGGAUCAAGCUUCUGCAGUCACACAUCGGACAGAUCAGACAGCACACGGUCAGCUUCAUCCUCGAUCAGAUGGACAUUCUUAAAAUGCAGAGGGACACAGAGGUCUAGGGAAGGUGCAGGGUGAUACAAAGAUUUAGGAAAGGUGCAGGGAAGGUACAGGGAAGGUACAGGGUGACACGAAAGUGUAGGGAAGGCUUCCGGGUGACAUAGAGACUAAGGAAGGUUGUAGGGUGGCAUAGAGGUCUAAAAAAAGUGCAAAGAGAUACAGAGGACUGGGAAGACCACAGAGAGGGCAUGCGAGCAAUUACCUCAAGUCCUUUGUAAAAGUUCACUGGGAGAGACAUAUGUUGAAUUUCUUGUCACCCUAGCCUUUUGUUUUGACUGGCCGUCAAGAAACCAAAUGAGAAGGCUGGCCUGCAAAGUGGUGUUCCGUCAUGCCUGACAGGUGUUCAUGGAGCAACGUGACUGCCUCACCUGACUGUUUGGACUGAACCAGACUACUAUUGCUGCAUCCUCCAGAUGUGUUGGUUUCAGCCCACCUUCUACAAUGUACUUUCCCCAGGACACUUUAUAUUAUAUAUAUAUACUAGUAUAUGAUGUCAUGA